AUGCGCUUUCUCUCUCGGUACUGGUGCUCACCGCGCAUUAUCCAACUUUGCCAUGUCGGUACUGGAUUCCAUCCAGUCGAUGCCAUCCACCACUGCCGUGAUAACUUUGGCGCCAAGAUGGCGCAGACCGUAUUCUCCCGUUCGCACGUUCUGAACGACAGUUCGACUUUUGCAAACUUUCUCAACGAGUUACUCGGCCCUUCUGCUAGCUAUUACAAGCCUAUCAUCGGCGACCCGUUCGGCAGCCUCAUACACCGAAGCUAG